AUGGAGGAUGACUUCAACGCCAUACUUGAACACCUUACUGCCCAAGCAGACGAUUUAGUUGUCGUACCAAUUUUUGGUAUGUGCAGUAUAGGUGAGAAAAUCUACAAAGGAAAUGGACAAUGGCGAGGCCGUGGAGGUCGUGGAGGCCGUGGAAGAGGAACAAGUUAUACCAAUAAAUUGAACAAUGAAGAUAAGAGUCACCAGUCAUUGAGAGGUCGUGGUCGUGGUCAACGAGGAGGUAGAGGACGUGGAGCAUAUCAAGGUUCAAAUGAAAUGCGGUAUGAAAAAUCUAAAAUUGAUUGUUAUAACUGUCAUAAAAUUGGACAUUACUCUUGGGAAUGUCGUAGGAAUGUUGAAGAGACAGUUAAUCUUGUUGACAACAACAAAGACGAAGAUGAGUCAACGUUGUUAUUAGCACUCAAAGAAGAAAAUACAAAUGAUUGUAAUUUAUGGUAUCUUAACAAUGGAGCAAGCAAUCAUAUGUGUGGCCACAAAGAUAACUUUGUGGAGAUAACGAAGACGGUGAAAGGUAAUGUGUCUUUUGGAGAUACCUCAAAAAUCCAAAUUGAAGGGAUAGGUACGAUUUUGAUAUCUUGUAAAGAUGUGGCCAUAAAUUGA